CAUUGAGGGAAUGCUACCGACUAGGACUCCCCGAUGACGCUACUCACCCCGGGGAGUUGGCCACGCCAAAGAGCACGUUUUGGACAUUCUAGGUAGUAAUAAUGUGGCCCGGUUAUGGGGGAGGAUUAGACAAGACAUCAGGCAGUGGCCGCAUAGCACUCCUCCUCACGUUGUCAAAUUUGUUUUUUUUUUUUUCCCUUUCCCUCUCUUUUUCUUUUUUUUUUUUCGCUUUUUCUUUUCUCUAUCUCUCUCUCCUCGUGAUCAGCCUCUCGAGACAUCUUAUUAGCUCCCCUCCUGCACUGGCAUGGGCAUUGUGGAGUCCUUUUGCCAUCGUGAUGGCUGCUGCUCUUUUCUUUUCUCCCUCUCCGAAAAGCUUUUCAUGUGCAAGUCGGAUCAACACCAGCCCUGAGCAGUCCCAGCAGCCCGGUAAAAUAACUAACCAACGAAGACAGGGACGCAAGGGAAGGGGAGAAGAUCCUUAGUCUUUCGCAUCAUGCAACGCUACCACGUACUUACAUGGCAUGGUACCCUCGGUGGCCCGGGCCCCUCCGGCUACCUACCUUUCUCUCUCCUUCUCGAACAACGACUACUCCUUGGCAUGUCUUGUCAUAUAAUAGUAGUCGUGAUAUGGCCCCCCACCGGUGAAAGCUUUUAGCUCGCGGCCUAGCCGACGAUGAAUUCCGCUCAGGCGACGUGUUUAACUGGUAGUCUGUUUCAACCCGGCCAGAGCGCUCAGCUUG